AUGAAGGUUCAUCCGGCGCCAAAUAGGCGAAACAUCACUGUCCGGUACGAUUUUGGUUCGCAGUCUGGUGACACCGCUGCUAUCUGCCGUCAAAAGAAGCUCCGGCGACUCCCUCACAUCUUUGCUAAAGUAAUCGAGCUUCCUUUUUACUCCGACGCCGAGGUUUCGAUCCAGGAAACGUCAGAUUCCUUGAAGUUUGUUGUCGAUACGGACGACGAUAUCGCCACCGACGUCGCGGCUCAUACUAUCGAGAUCUAUCCUGGCGUGACGAAAGUUGUUGUAAGAGGGACACGUGGUGUCGAUGAUUCUGGUGGUGGUGUUAAUCAGCUGGAGGUUGAUUUGUGGCGGUUUAGGCUUCCGGAGUCUACGCAGCCGGAGCAUGCUACGGCAGCUUUUAGCGAUGGAGAGCUUGUUGUUACUGUACCCAAAGAUGUUAAUUUGGUGAGGAAUCAGGAAGUUUGGGGUGAAGGUAACGGAACUGGACGGUUGAUGUCUUGA